CAAUCUGAAGCAGCGUUCACCCAAAGGUAGACUUGCUUUGCUGUGUCUCCGUGUGAGUGUGCGCAACCGCAACUACACUUCUGAGUCAGGCAGUCCUUCAUUACGAAAAACUAUCUGGGCUACGGCUCUGCGAACCUUCAAUAUCGCUAUGGCAGCAUUACACGCGUCCUAACUGCCUAUAGACGAACAUCUAGACAUUUAUGGUGGAGUUUCAAGGUGCAGUCUUACGUACGAUGCUCUUUUACCCCUUACCCAGCAGUUCACGUCAAUGCCUAUAUUCAGCUCGCUGAAGAAACUGACGUUGAGCUUGUUGUCGCCUUUCAUGGAUUCCGAAGAGAGCACAUCAGAUUCAGCGAUUAGCAUACCACGACAAUCCAGCCAGACUGCGUAUGGCAAACUAGCUCUACGAGGUCUCUUAGACAUGUCAAGUAUUAUGCCGAAACUGGAAAGCCUGGACGUACACUGGUACAAUAUUAUCGCUCACGACACCUUUGUUACGCCAUUGAAUCCCGCAGUUGAGCUCGACCAUUCGACUUUUGUAUGUCUCAAUACAUGCAGAUUACGUGGUGUCUAUAUCUCUGAAAGCGACCUGCUUAAACACUUUUUUUCUGCUUAUAUUGCCAAUCUGGAACGCAUAAUGAAAUCAGUUAAUAGAUCAGUGUUCGACUCGCCCAUUUGACAGAAAUAAGAAAAAGAAUCGCUGCGAUUAAUCGCAUAAAUUGGCAAAAGAGAAGGUCCGCCUGGGGGUCGAACCCAGAAUCUCCUGAUAACUGCUGGUAGUCGUAGUCAGACGCCUUACC